AAUUGUUAGUUUGUUGUACUGAAAAUCAGAUACAAAGUCAAUAAAAUACAAGCAAAGGAUAGCAGCCGUUCUCUUCUCUCCACUGCUGCAUCGCGGAGAGCUCCUCCGAAGCUCCACAAGCUUCACUACUUAAAAUCUCUGAACUUCUGAGGGUGAUUGGGUUGAAACAUUGGAGCCAAAAGAGUAACUUAAUAUGACACCAGGGGAAGAAUUUAGGGAAGUUGAUUUGAGUUCAACUGUCUUGAAGAUUCUCUGAAAGCUGUUGUCUUGAUACUACAUUUCGUGUUCGAGUUAAAAUGGACCCCUUUUCUAGUAAAGAAAAGGAUGCCGACCACUCAGCUUUGCCAAGGUGUCGGAUGGAGGGUGUAGCUGCAGGUUCGACAGAUAUUGGUGUGAGGUGCCCAAACCUAAAGGACCCAUUUAGUAUUGCUGAACUGAUGAAUUUUGAUACAUAUGCUGGAUGGUGCAACAGCCCCAGUAAUUUGGCUGAUCAGAUGUUUCCGUCGUUCGCCUUGUCUCCUCUCACUUCGGCGUCCACAAAUUUUUCACCCUUUGAUGGAUUGAACUUCAUGCAUCAGUAUAAUUCAGGAAUUCCCAUGGUGGAUGGUGACAUUAUGGGAGGUUCAUUCGUCAACGGAGAUAAAGUGAUGUUUCAUCAUAUGGACAGUCAAUUGCCUUGUGCAGCAAAUUUUGCUGAUGAUGGGUUUGAUUUGGUUGAGAUGAGAGAUAAGACCUCAAGCCAGCAUAAUCUAGUAGGUGAAGUAGGAGAGACUGUAAUCCCAAGGCCUCCUGUGCAAUCAUUGGCUGAGAAAAUGCUCAGAGCAUUGAAUUUAUUCAAAGAAUGGUCUGGAGGGGGUAUUUUAGCCCAAGUUUGGGUUCCAAUGAAGAAUGGGGAUCGGUACAUCUUGAGCACCUGUGAACAACCUUAUUUACUUGACCAAACACUUUCUGGAUAUCGCGAAGUCUCUAGAUUAUUUACUUUUGCAGCUGAAUCAAAACCAGGUUCUUUCCUGGGGCUUCCUGGUCGUGUCUUUGCCUCAAAGAUUCCGGAGUGGACCUCAAAUGUGAUGUACUACAAUAAGGCUGAGUAUCUGCGGGUGCAAUACGCUGUUGAUCAUGAAGUCCGAGGGUCGAUCGCAUUACCUGUGUUUGAAGAUGAUUCGCUUGAAAGGUCAUGUUGUGCGGUGCUAGAACUGGUUACCAUGAAAGAGAAGUCCAAUUUUGAUUUGGAGAUGGAAAAUGUGUGUCGUGCACUGCAGGCUGUGAAUUUAAGGAGCAGUGUACCUCCAAGACUUUAUCCCCAGAGUCUCUCUAAAAACCAACGGACAGCUUUAGCUGAGAUUACAGAUGUUCUACGUGCCGUUUGCCAUGCACAUCGACUACCUCUUGCACUAACAUGGAUUCCUUGUAGUCAAAUAAAGGGGCUUGGUGAGGAAGGAUGCAGUCAGAGUGCACAUGAGAAAUGUGUCCUAUGCAUUGAGAGUACUGCCUGUUAUGUGAAUGACAAAGAUAUGAAGGAUUUUGUGCAUGCAUGUGCGGAGCAUUCUCUUGAGGAAGGACAAGGUAUUGUUGGGAAAGCUCUUCAAUCAAACCACCCCUUCUUCUACCCUGAUGUGAAGGAAUACCAUAUAAGUGAGUACCCACUUGUUCAUCACGCCCGCAAAUUUGGCCUAAAUGCUGCUGUUGCAAUCAGGCUGAGAAGUAUGUACACUGGUGAAAAUGACUAUAUAUUGGAGUUCUUUCUUCCGGUCAAUAUGAAAGGAAGUACAGAACAGCAACUCUUACUUAAUAACCUCUCCAGUACCAUGCAGAGAAUAUGUAAGAGUUUGAGAACUGUGUCAGAUGCCGAAUUGCAAGGGGGGGAAAGUUCCAAAGUUCAAUUACAGGACGUUGAAGUGAGAAAUAUACCAGCAAUGGUAUUAUCUAGGAGGAGUUCUGAGCAAUCGCUUACUAAUGGAAACUUAAACUCUGUCGACCAUGCAACUCAAAAUACAUCUGAUUCAACAAGCACAGGAGUAGAAGCUGAUGGUCCUAAUGAACAGAGAAUGAUUGGAUCAAGGAAACAUAUGGAGAAGAAGCGUAGCACAGCUGAAAAGCAUGUCAGCUUAAGUGUUCUUCAACAAUACUUCUCUGGGAGCCUUAAAGAUGCUGCAAAAAGCAUUGGUGUGUGCCCGACCACUCUCAAAAGAAUAUGCAGACAACAUGGCAUCUCAAGAUGGCCUUCUCGCAAAAUAAACAAGGUAAACCGAUCGUUGAAGAAAAUACAAAGUGUGCUCGACUCUGUUCAAGGAGUGGAAGGAGGACUGAAGUUUGAUCCAACUAUGGGGGGCCUCGUGGCUGCUGGCUCUAUUAUCCAACAAUUUGAUUCUAGAACAAGUGGUGUCUUGCCUGAUAAAGACGACAUGAUCAGAGACUCAGAUUUAGUUAUUCAGAAUGCAACUGAACCCUCACCAUCUUUUAUGGACAUCGAAACCACCAUAGUGAAAAUGGAAGAAGAGAGUCUAUUAGAUGGAAACCAAUUGGCAGGAGAGGGUAAAUCCAAUCCUCUUCGCCUGCAAAAUCCUGAGAAGUCCAAGCUAGCUGAAUUAGAUGCUGGCCUCUCAUGGCCUGCUAGUCCAAACAAUGUACCUUGGACUACUGCAAAUGUGGCCCCAAGUUCUUUCCUUUUGCGAGAAAGAUGCAAUAGAUCGGUUUUGGACCAUUCUAGUAUGAAACCCGUCUCUUCUGAAUCUCAUUUCAUUUCCCGUAACUCAAGCUCCAUGGCAGCUGGUGAUGAGAUAGAGACCAAAUUAAAUGAUGAUACUGGGAUUGAUGGGGAUGAUGGAGUUGUAGAACAUAACCAACCCACUUCCUCAGGCAUGACAGAUUCAUCAAACGGGUCUGGAUCUGGCUCAAUGAUGAAUGGUAGUUCAUCAAGCUCUAGAAGUUUCGGCAAAAGGCAGAAUCCUAAGACUGAGGCAAGCCAUGGUGACAGUGGGUCUAAAAUAAUAGUAAAAGCUACAUAUAAAGAAGAUACAAUCCGGUUUAAAUUUGAGCCAGCUGCUGGUUGUAUUCAACUGUACGAAGAAGUAGCAAAGAGGUUCAAGCUACAGAUGGGCCACUUCCAACUCAAGUAUCUUGACGACGAAGAGGAAUGGGUGAUGUUGGUAAGUGAUUCAGAUUUGCAAGAAUGCCUCGAAAUAAUGGAUUUUGUGGGUUCUCGAAACGUGAAGUUCCUGGUACGUGAUGUGCCAAGCACCAUAGGAAGCUCAGGUGGAAGCAACUGCUUCUUGGGAGAUGGAUCUUGAUAAUCUAUACUUAGGUAACCAUCCGAAGUAAACAAAUCUCCUCUUUAUAUCAUCAACUGAUCAGUCACUUGCUGUAUCAUAAAACAUGUGAAGAUGGGCUUCUUGGCAAGUAGCAUUUUUUCUGGAUGCUGCUUCUGUAUUCAUGUUUCGACAUGGCUGGUUUUGUUCCAGCAGAAAAGGACGCAAAAAGAAUACAAGUGGUCAAGUGUUUGGUGGUGAACCCAUCGCAGGUGAUGUAUGUUUCUCAAUCUUGUACAUGUUUGAAGAAUUAUAAAGUUGUAGCCGUCGGUUGAUGGGAGGGAGCACUCUACGUAUCGUGCCCCCACCUAGUUUGUACAGGUACGUUUCAACAACUACAGAUAGGAAAGCAUUAGAAUGUAAGAUCUUUAUAAAAGUUAUAUUUAUUUUUGUAUGCAAUUUAUCUA